AUGUCUGACGCCGAUAUUGAAGCUGUUCGGCGGCUUCAGGCAGAGCGCAAUGCCGCUGCUGCUUCUAAAAAAGGUUCUAGGACCUUUGAUCCAUCUGCUCAGCGCACUGACAACUCCACCAAGGCCUCCCUGACUGAAUCCUUCGAUACGACCUUAUACGAUCGAAAUGGGCCCGAUAAGUUUGCAGGCUAUGACACUUCGAUCGCUGUCACUGGCGAUGAUGACGAAGACAUGGAGGACGCAGAUGGAGGUCAUCGCUUGGUCGGCCAGUAUACCGCUACGAGGAGUCAAAUCGAUGAGAUGGCGCAUGGAAAUGGAGUUGAGGAGGAGGAUAUCUUGCUGGGCCGUGAGAAAGCGGCUCGCAUUGCAGACCGCGAGACUGACUAUCAAAAGCGUCGAUUCAAUCGCGGUCCUUUGACUCCGACUCGUGCCGAUCCUUUCGCUGCCAACUCCCAUGCCAAUAUUGAGGGAGAAGGCCAAACCUACCGUGAAAUUAUGGCCCUCCGCGAACUUGAGAAGGAGGAAGAGCGUGUGCAGAAGUUGAUCGCCGAAAAACGUGAACGAGGAGAAGAUGUUUCCACCAUCGAAUACCAGGCUACGCUGAAGGCGGAGGAAGGCGAUAAGGAAAAUCUCGAUGCUGGUUCCACUGUUGAAGUGGCUGGUAAGAAGCGAAAGAAGCGUUGGGAUGUGUCUACCGCAGAAACCGAUGCGCCCGAAGUGGAUCAGUCUGCUGAAGCGAAAUCCAAGAGAUCUCGAUGGGACCAGACACCUGCCCCCGGUGCGCCAGAAGAGGCUCCCAAGCGCCGAUCAAGAUGGGACCAAGCACCAUCUCUCACAACAGCAACACCUGUCGGCAACCAAGGCCUUGCGACUCCUAUGCACCCGUCUCAAGGCGGUGCAGCUAUGGUUCCUCCUAGCUUUGGAACCGAUCUGGGCGGUCGUAACGCUCUCUGGACUGAUGAAGAACUUGAUAUGAUGUUGCCCACUGAAGGAUACAAGAUCUUGGAGCCGCCUCCUGGCUACGCCCCAAUCCGAAACACUGCCCGGAGAGUAAUGGCAACACCAGCUCCUGUUGGCACAGCUGGUGUUGGCGGCUUCAUGAUGCAAGAGCCAGAAAGCAUCAAUUCCAUCGGGAAGGAUCUUCCAACGGAUAUUCCCGGUGUUGGUGAUCUUCAGUUCUUUAAGCCCGAGGAUAUGGCCUACUUCGGAAAGCUCAUGGAAGCAGGAGAUGAAAGUUCCAUGACCGUUGAAGAAAUGAAGGAGAGGAAGAUCAUGAGAUUGCUGCUCAAGGUUAAGAACGGCACCCCACCCAUGCGUAAGACCGCAUUGCGACAGAUUACAGACAAUGCGCGGAAUUUUGGCGCGGGUGCUCUUUUCAAUCAGAUUCUUCCCUUGCUCAUGGAGAAGUCUUUGGAGGACCAAGAACGUCACUUGCUGGUUAAGGUCAUUGAUCGAGUCCUUUACAAGCUCGAUGACUUGGUCCGCCCUUACGUGCAUAAGAUCUUGGUUGUCAUCGAGCCGUUGCUUAUCGAUCAGGAUUAUUAUGCCCGUGUUGAAGGACGAGAAAUUAUCAGCAAUCUGUCAAAGGCCGCCGGUCUCGCCACAAUGAUUAGCGUGAUGCGACCUGACAUCGAUCACGUCGAUGAAUAUGUAAGAAACACCACAGCACGAGCCUUUGCCGUCGUUGCCUCAGCCUUGGGUAUUCCUGCUCUUCUUCCCUUCCUGCGUGCUGUUUGUCGCAGCAAAAAGUCCUGGCAAGCUCGGCAUACCGGUGUGAAGAUUGUUCAACAGAUUCCCAUUUUGAUGGGUUGUGCCAUUCUCCCCCACCUUAAGGGCCUAGUUGACUGCAUCGCCGACAAUCUCAGUGAUGAGCAGGCAAAGGUUCGAACUGUCACCGCCCUCGCCGUGGCUGCUCUGGCCGAAGCUGCCAAUCCUUAUGGUAUCGAAAGCUUUGAUGAAAUUUUGAACCCUCUCUGGACCGGUGCUCGCAAGCAGCGUGGCAAGGGUCUCGCCGCCUUCCUGAAGGCAGUCGGCUACAUUAUCCCACUUAUGGACGAAGAAUAUGCCAACUACUAUACGAGUCAGAUUAUGGAGAUUCUUCUCCGGGAGUUCUCAUCUCCUGAUGAAGAAAUGAAAAAGGUUGUUCUGAAGGUUGUGUCCCAGUGCUCUAGCACCGACGGUGUCACGGCCAGCUAUCUCAAGGAGCACGUCUUGACCGAUUUCUUCAAAAGCUUCUGGGUCCGGCGUAUGGCCUUGGAUCGACGGAACUAUCGCCAGGUGGUUGAUACCACUGUUGACCUCGGCCAAAAAGUUGGCGUCGGCGAGAUCCUCGAGCGGGUUGUUAACAACCUGAAAGACGAAAGCGAACCUUAUCGUAAAAUGACGGUUGAGACGGUUGAGAAAUUGAUUGCAUCUCUCGGAGCUGCGGAUAUUUCUGAGCGGUUAGAGGAACGACUUAUUGACGGUGUCCUAUACGCAUUCCAGGAACAAAGCAUUGAGGACAUCGUUAUUUUGAACGGUUUUGGCACUGUGGUUAAUGCCCUUAGCACACGGUGCAAGCCCUACCUGCCACAAAUCGUGUCUACUAUCCUGUGGCGACUGAACAACAAAUCUGCUACUGUUCGACAGCAAGCAGCAGAUCUUAUAUCGCGGAUUGCAAUGGUCAUGAAGCAAUGUGGUGAAGAUGCAUUGAUGGGCAAGCUCGGCAUUGUGCUUUACGAAUACCUAGGUGAAGAGUAUCCCGAAGUACUCGGUUCGAUUCUGGGUGCUUUGCGAUCAAUCGUGACUGUGGUUGGUAUCAACCAGAUGCAGCCACCUAUCCGGGAUCUUUUGCCUCGUCUCACGCCCAUCUUGCGAAAUCGUCACGAGAAGGUGCAGGAGAACACCAUUGACCUGGUCGGCCGUAUUGCUGACCGUGGUCCCGAGUCUGUCAACGCCCGUGAAUGGAUGCGUAUUUGCUUUGAGCUGCUGGAUAUGCUUAAGGCUCACAAAAAGGGCAUCCGCCGUGCAGCCAACAAUACCUUCGGCUUUAUCGCCAAAGCUAUUGGUCCUCAGGAUGUGUUGGCCACUCUCCUUAACAACCUUCGUGUGCAGGAACGUCAAUCUCGUGUCUGUACCGCUGUUGCAAUUGGUAUCGUCGCCGAAACUUGCGCACCCUUCACUGUCCUCCCGGCCUUGAUGAAUGAAUACCGCGUACCCGAACUGAACGUGCAGAACGGUGUUCUGAAGGCCAUGUCCUUUUUAUUCGAGUACAUUGGUGAGAUGGCUAAGGACUAUGUUUACGCCGUCACUCCUCUUCUCGAAGAUGCCCUAAUCGACCGUGACCAAGUUCACCGGCAGACUGCAGCUAGUGUGGUCAAACACAUCGCGCUCGGUGUUGUUGGACUCGGAUGUGAAGAUGCCAUGGUUCAUCUCCUCAAUCUGGUUUUCCCCAACAUCUUUGAGACCAGCCCCCACGUCAUCGACCGAAUCAUUGAAGCCAUCGACGCUAUCCGUAUGGCAGUCGGCACUGGUACUGUCAUGAACUACGUUUGGGCAGGCCUCUUCCAUCCCGCCCGUAAGGUGCGCACACCCUAUUGGCGCCUGUACAACGAUGCCUAUGUGCAGGGAGCCGACGCAAUGGUCCCCUACUAUCCUGGGCUGGAGGGUGACGGCAUGGACCGCCCCGAGCUCUCGAUCAUCAUUUGA